AUGCCGAGAGCUCUCGCUAUUGUUGCCGGUACACUACUCUAUAAAAGAAAGGUGGUUUUCUGUUCACCCCUAUUUCCUCGCACAAAUUCACUGCUUUGGAAACCUCCUUACGAAGCUCAAGUCAUCAUACUUCAUUCAGCCGACAUGGCCCUCGCCGUCAAUGGAAGCCGCUGCGCAAGCGCGACAUUCGGGACCCCUAUACUGCUAGGGGCCAGUAUUCUCGCGGUGCAAGCUAACCUGGUGGAAGACUACAGCUUCGACGUUCCAAAGGGAUGGACCUACUCUCAGCCGGCCCUCAACGUUGAGAACGCCACCUUUUGCAACGUCACCGUUACCUACACGCACCCAGGACAGAACGACACUAUCACGGCCGAGGCCUGGCUACCACCCAUAGACCGCUACAACGGGAUUUUGCAGUCAGUCGGCGGUGGUGGCUGGAACCCCGGCCGCUUCAUCCUCAGCUACGCAGCCAUGAUCAACGCCGUUGCCAACGGCUACGCGACUGUCACCACCGACGCCGGAAUCCCUACUACCUCGAACCCCAUCGACUGGCUGCUUAAAAGCCCGGGGAGCUUAGACACCAACGCUCUGCAAAAUUUUGGUCAGGUCUCCCUGAAUGAUGAGGCUAUUAUAACGAAACAGCUUAUUGAAAGCUUCUACGGCAAGCCUCCUGCGCGAUCCUAUUGGAACGCCUGCUCCCAGGGCGGCCGUCAGGGCCUCAAACUGGCGCAGCAAUACCCAGACGCCUACGACGGCAUCAUGUCAGCCGCCCCCGCCGUCAACUGGGCCGAGUUCUACCUCAAUUCGAUCUGGCCUAGCUACUAUAUGCUCAACACCCAGCAGUUCCCGCUGGGGUGCGAACUCAACGCGCUCACCGCCAUUGCCAUCUCUGCCUGCGACGAGCUAGACGGUGUGAAGGACGGCCUCGUCAGUGAUCCCGAGGCCUGCAGGGCAAACUUCAACGUUUCCGCGCAGGUUGGCAAGUCUUUCACGUGCGCGCAGACUAACUUGACGCUCGAAAUCAGUCAAGCGGCCGCCAACGUAGCCAAUGCCUCCUGGACCGGUCCCCGUUCUUCCACUGGGAUGUUCAUAUACGAUGGGUACGAGAUGGGCAGCGAUCUAUCCGUCAUCGCACCGACAGAAUGCACCGGCAAGGUCUGCACGAGCAGCACUGCUGAGGCAAACGUUGCCUUUGCCUGGCGGGCUUUCGUCUCCAAAGACCCCAAUGCUACGGUGCCUACUCUUACAGACACAACGUUUGACACGAUCCACCGCGCCACCAAAUUGGUCUUUGCCUCCAACAUGGAGACCGACGAGGCGGACCUGAGCGACUUCAAAAACGCAGGGGGCAAGAUCAUUACCUACCACGGACUCGCCGAUCAAAGCAUCUCUCCUGGCGGCACUCUCCGAUACUACAACACCGUCUCUGACGUUGUCGGCGGCAACAUUAGCUCCUUUUACAAAUACUAUCGCGUCCCCGGGCUCGAGCACUGCUGGGGUGGCAGAGGAGGACAGCCCGAGGCCAUCUUCGCGCAGCUUCGGGCCUGGGUCGAGAACGGGACGGAGCCUGAGUCUUCACCAGUGAUCGUGACGCUGCCGGAUGGAUCGACGCAAGAGCAGGUGCUGUGCCCGUAUCCGCAGAAGGCGAGGUUUGAUAACGCGUGUGCGAGCAAGAAUGCAACCUCUUGCUGGUCUUGUUCUGAAUAA